AUGGAGCAAAGUGAACUAGAAAAUGGAACAGAACCAAGCUGGAGCGAAGCAGUUGAUUGCACUACAGAAGCAGAAGAAAUUACAGUUUCAAGAGGAAAAGCAGUGGAUGUUGGAGCACACAAGGAAGUAAGACUUGUCGAAGAACAUAACAAGUGCCAAGGAAGAGUUGAAAUAAAGUACAACAAGAUCUGGCACACAGUAUGUCACCAAUAUUUUGACCUCAUGGAUGCUUCUGUAAUCUGCUAUGAACUGGGGUGUGAACAUCCAAAAGCUAUACUAAAAGGUUCCCACUUUGGGAAAGGAACGGAUACAAUACUGCAUUAUAAUAUCCAGUGCAAAGGGAAUGAAUCACAUCUAGCCUUUUGCAAUCUGUCAUCUACAGAGCUUUACAACUGUUCACAUGCAGAUGAUGUUGGAUUAAUAUGUAGAGGACAUAAAGAAGUAAAACUUGCUGGUGGAAGGAGCUCAUGUCAAGGAAGAGUUGAAAUAAAGUACAACUUGACCUGGCAUACAGUAUGUGACCAAUAUUUUGACCAGAUGGAUGCUUCUGUCAUUUGCUAUGAGCUGGGAUGUGGACCUCCUAAACAUAUAUAUAAGGCUGUUCACACAUAUGGAGGAAAUAAUGAAAUACUGAAAUAUGACAUAGAAUGCAAAGGAAAUGAGUCACAAAUAACAUUAUGUAAUCUCAGACCUACAGAUCUUCGUGUCUGUUCACAUGGUGAUAAUGCUGGAAUAGUUUGCUGGGGGUACAGAAACUACAGGUUAGUGAAUGGCUCCAACAACUGUACAGGCAGAGUAGAGCUCCAAUAUGGAAAUCAAUGGGGUACCGUUUGUGACCUGCACUGGGACAUAGCAGAUGCCAAUGUGCUUUGCCAGCAACUAAACUGUGGAUUUGCUGAAUCUGCCCCUGGUGGUGCAUUUUUUGGGUCUGGAUUAUCUGAACAGUGGAAGGACAAUUUCUUCUGCAAUGGUACUGAAUCCCAUCUUUUGGAUUGUCCACUUUCAAAUUUUGGUCAACAUUCCUGCAGCCAUAAGAAUGAUGCUGGAGUAAUCUGUGCUGGCCCUAGACAGUACACACCAAGACUAAGAAAUGGAGGCAGCCCUUGCGAUGGUUACGUGGAAAUAUACUACAGUGGUUCGUGGCACAGAGUACAAAAUGCAUUAUGGGAGAAUGCUACCGUGGAUAUGGUUUGUAGACAACUGAGGUGUGGAACUACUAUGCAUGUAUAUAACACUACAUUAUUUAACAAUGGAAAUGGAACCAUCCUGCUGGAAGAUGUUCAGUGUCAAGGAAAUGAAUCUUUAUUAAGCAAUUGCAACUGGAUUAUCUCUUCCAAUCAGGAGCCAGAACUACCAAGGUACAACAAGGAUGUAAAUAUCUUUUGUACAGAACAUAUGCAGCUGAGACUUGUUAAUGGCGGAGGGGACUGUGCUGGAAGAAUUGAAGUUUAUUACAAUGGAUCAUGGGGCACAGUCUGUGAUGACUUCUGGGACCUACAAGAUGCAAAUGUCGCCUGUAAACAGCUGAAAUGUGGUCAUGCCAUAUCAGCAAACACCUCAGGAUCAUUUGGAAAAGGUUCGGGACCUAUUUGGCUGGAUAAUGUUAAUUGCUCGGGGACCGAAUCCUUGGUGUGGAAGUGUCCAUCUGCAGGAUGGGGCCAGCAUAACUGCCAUCAUAAAGAAGAUGCAGGUGUUGUAUGCUCUGCUGCAGAAGACAUGAAGCUGAGACUGGUGAAUGGAGGCAGCCCCUGUGCUGGCAGAGUGGAGCUUUAUCACAGUGGUCAGUGGGGGACAGUGUACAGUGAUAAGUGGGACAUUCAGGAUGCUGCAGUGGUGUGUAAACAGCUGGGAUGUGGAUCUGCUGUAGCUGCCCAUCUUGGUGCUCAUUUUGGUGCAGGAACAGGACCAGUGUGGUUGGAUGAAGUUCAGUGUGAAGGAGAAGAGGCUGCUCUGUGGGACUGCAGGUCCCUAGGACUGAGACAUUAUGGUUACUCUCACAGCAGGGAUGCAGGAGUCACCUGCUCAGGGAUGUUGAAGACAAUGGAGAAGGAGACCUCAAACACAGGGAGGAAAGACACUGGUGCUGCUGGGUAUGGAGAUGAGCGUGACAGCAUGGGACACAAGAAACUACUUCAGCAAGGACAGCAAAGGACAGAACCACAGUUUCAAGGACCACAAGCAUGGCCAGCAGCUGCAGCAGAUACAGAUGAAGAGUCUGGCGGAGAACCACCAGCUGAAGAUGGUGCUGGCAGAUGGCACAAAGACAUAAAAAUCAUUGAAGAACAGCCCUGCAUAGCCCGCAUUGAGAUGAAACAUAAUGAUUUGUGGAUGCCACUGAAUGAGAAGAAGCUCACCACAGAUAUCGCAAAGGUGGUCUGUCACAUGCUGGAAUGCAAUGAACCUAAAUCAAUACAGAGAGUGCCACGCCAGAGACAGACAGUGGGCAAAGUCUUUAAUAGAGAUAUAGAAUGCAGUGGAACUGAAUCACACUUAACCUUUUGUAAUGUGUCACACCAAGUUAGCAGUGUGACAACAGAUGGACACAGUGGCACGGUGACUUGCUUUGGACCAUCAGAUGAAUUUUUGCAUGUGCUGGAAAGCUCGAGUGAUGAAGAUUUAAAUGCCUUCACAGAAUAUUUCUGCCCUGACCUGGUGGGUAUUGUUGAAGAGAACAUCAUUGCUGUUUUAGGGCCACUGAUUACAAGUAAGAUUAUCACUCACCAUGAAGCAAAGUCUCUUGCCUCCUUUGUUCAUGCCUCUGAUUCUUUUCUGUUGUUCUCUUGUGACCUGACCAAAGCAUUUGACAAUGUCAGUCAUUCAGCCUUAUUAACCAUUUUAAAGGUAUAUGGAUUUGGUCCUCUUUUUCUUCGAUGUAUUGCUUCUAUCUAUUCAGCUUCUGUUAUUGUUCCUGUGGUUAUUGGCUGGAUGGCAGCUGAAGUUGCCAUGAAGAAUGGUUCAAAAGGAUACAGAUUGGUCAAUGGCAAUGAUAUCUGUUCCGGAAGAGUUGAAAUCCAGUACGAUAGUAAAUGGUGGCCUCUGUGCAGCCUGGAAUGGGAUAUAGCUGAUGCUAAUGUCCUAUGUAAUCAGAUGAGGUGUGGCUAUGCCGUGGAGUUCUCUGCAGAAAAUUAUGUUGAAGAAGGAAGUAACGAAAUCUGGAGAGGUUCAUUUCAUUGCAGUGGCACUGAAUCUCACCUGAAAUUGUGUCAUUCUCAGACCUUUGGUCACCCAUCUUGCCCUACUAGCAAAGUAGCAUCUGUCACCUGUACAGAACUAAAUGGCAGAAUAAGACUAAUGAAUGGAGAAAGCCCGUGUGAAGGACAUGUAGAGAUUUUCUUCAAUGGUACAUGGGGAAGAGUACAGGAUGCAUCCUGGGAGAUGACAGAUGCAAAUGUAGUCUGCAGACAACAGGGGUGUGGUGCUGCAGUGAAACCAUAUAGUAAUGUUUUGCAUAAUAUUACUAGAUCUGUAUGGAUAACAAGUGUCCACUGUCUAGGAAAUGAAUCUACAUUAUUGGAUUGUGACUUAAACAUUUCCUACAUCCAGCAACCAGAAGGGAUUGCAGUUUCAAAAGAUGUAUCUGUUCUUUGUACAGAACACAUGCAGUUAAGGCUUGCUGAUGCUGGAGAAGAAUGUGCCGGAAGAGUGGAGGUUUACUACAAUGGAACCUGGGGCACGGUGUGUGAUGAUGGGUGGAAUCUGACAGAUGCCAAUGUUGUUUGCCAACAGCUAAAAUGUGGACAAGCCGUAUCAAUCAACAACACAGCAGUGUUUGGUAAAGGAUCAGGGCCAAUUUGGUUAGAUGAUGUUAUGUGUUCGGGAAAUGAAUCUGUACUAUGGAACUGCACAUUUCUGGGAUGGGGAAAACAUAACUGCAAACAUAAGGAAGAUGUAGGAGUUGUGUGUGCUGAAUUUAAACAGCUGCGACUUGCUGGUGGUAGUCAUAGCUGUAAAGGAAGACUGGAAGUAUUUCACAAUGGGACAUGGGGCACUGUUUGUUCCAAUGGUUUAAAUCGGCAGUCUCCCACAAUGAAUAUUGUUUGCCAGCAGUUAGCUUGUGGAAAUAUUAGCGACUUUCAAAAUCUUCCUGUCUUUGGAAAAAGUUCGAAUCCUAAGUCUGUUGACCAUGUUCAGUGCCUAAAGGAUCACACAUCUCUCUGGCAAUGCCGUUCAUCAUUCUGGGAUUAUAAUCCCUGCGAUGAAGAGGAGGAAGUCCACCUAACUUGCUCAGAAGAACAGGAAAGACCUAAUGGAAAACUUAAUGUAUUGCCCUGUGCCAACAAAUCACUGGGGAUGGACUGCACAGAAAGUGGGCAACUACAACUUGUGGGUGGAAAGGAUCGAUGUUCUGGAACAGUAGAGAUUUUGAACAAUGGAAUCUGGGGAACCAUCUGUGAUGACUCAUGGGAUAUGAAGGAUGCAGAGGUAGUGUGUCGACAGCUUGGAUGUGGAUUUCCUCUUGCAGUCACUGGAGAACCUAACUCAGACAAUAGAACUGGACCUAUCUGGCUGGAUGAGGUGAACUGUAGAGGGAGAGAAUUUUUCCUUUGGGACUGCCCUUCUAGCCCCUGGGGACAGAGUGACUGUGAACAUAAGGAGGAUGCUGGUGUUAUAUGUUCAGGUGCCCCUAUAGCUACUACCUUUACAUCACAAUCAAAUGAUGCUGCUGAUAGGUCACAUGUCAGUGAAACCUCUUCUGUCCCACUGGUCAUCUGUAUUAUUCUCGGAGCUCUACUGUUCCUUGUGUUAAUCGUUCUCUGUGGACAGGUGCAGAAACACAGGACACUCAUUAAAGGUUAG